CGAGUCUGUGCAGGUCCUGAGUUUCACCGAAGCCUUUGUUUCGCUAUUAUUACAAAUGGAUAUCAUGGUCGACUGCCACUUUUCUCCUUCCGAUCUGUUCUCCGAUAAUUCUUGUCUGUCAUCGCCCGAGGAGGCGGACUUUGCCGAUGAUUCUGAGCAUGGCGCGUUAGUGUUUGGGGACCACAAGCUGAAGUCCCGUGGAACUGAAGAGGAGCAUAUCAAAGCACCAAAUGGCCAUCACCAGGCGGGCCACUGCCUGAUGUGGGCUUGCAAAGCUUGCAAACGCAAAAGCUCCAACACCGACAGGAGAAAGGCAGCUACCAUGAGAGAGAGGAGAAGACUGAAGAAAGUGAACCAGGCUUUCGAGACUCUGAAGAGAUGCACAAGCGCCAAUCCGAACCAGCGACUGCCCAAAGUGGAGAUCCUGAGGAACGCCAUCAGCUACAUCGAGAGCCUACAGGAACUUCUCAGGGAACAGGUGGCGAACUAUUAUAACCUCCCGGGCAAUGGCAAUUCGGAGCCGGGAAGCCCCACAUCAAAUUGUUCAGACGGAAUGAUGGUAUGUAACAGUCCCGUUUGGUCUAGAAGGAGCAUCAUCUCUGACCGCAUUUACUGUUCGGAAUUACAGAAUGUUUGUUCCAACAGCCGAGGCCUUGCUGUUUCCAGCUUGGACUAUCUGUCCAACAUAGUGGAGCGGAUUUCACCGUCCCCCGAGCGUUGUCUCCUUUCAGGACCGGAUGGAAGGACCACAUCCCCACAUGUCAGCGAUUCCUCGCAGCCUACAACUCCCAGCCAGCCAGUCUACCAUGUUCUUUAGAUCUUCAAUCAAUUCCAAAGCAAAUUAUAGCCCAUCACGUGGAUAUAAAGUUCAAUCAAAUAAAACUCUGCUAUAAACAGGAACUGUAUAUUUGUAAAUAAUGGUAUAUUCAUUAGUCGCUGUUAAAAUAAUUGUAUUUAAGAAUUAAAUAA